UGGGUUUGUCUUCCCAGCUUGUUUGGGGGGGAGAAGCAAGCCGAAAGAUGCUCCAGUCUGCCUUGGCUGAUAUAAAGAAGCAUCCUCGCUAAAUGGCAUCGACAAAGAGUUGAGAGCUCAGAGUGCGACAGACAGGAGGAUGGCGUCGAGUUUCUACCGCAUCACCUCUGCCGCCGGUCCCCCGACCCCCACUUACGCCGAAUGUUGUCGGCUCUGGUCCGAAGACAGCAGUGAGAAACAUCACUAAGCGACCCGGGUGUUCAUGUUUAUCUCUAAGAACGUGUGUAACCCACAGAGAGCUCACCAUCCUGAUUACUGCGUCAUUAACUGCAUCAGUCGACUCAGUGUCAUUUCAAAACUCACCUCCUGAGCACUGAAUAUUAAAGAGGCAGAAUGACAGAGGCGUGGCAGCAGCAGCAGCAGCACACGGUGGCUCCACCUUCUGUAGUACACACACUUCCCCAGACAACAGACACUCUGGCCUGCACCGUGUAUGGCGUUGUCCUCCAACCAGAUUCGUCUCUGCAGCAGCAGCAGCUGGGCCAGCAGCAUGUUGUGCAAGCUCAACAGCCCUCCAUGCAGCUAGCGGCUGAAAGAGUGCAUAAGUGUGGCGCCUGUGGACACGACAUAUCUCACCUGGCCAAUCCCCACGAGCACCAGUGCAUGGUGACCCAAGACAGGUCUUUCCAGUGUACACAGUGCAUGAAGAUCUUCAGCCAAGCCACAGACCUGUUGGAGCAUCAGUGUGUGCAGGUGGAACAGAAGCCUUUUGUUUGUGGCGUGUGUAAAAUGGGUUUCUCGUUGCUCACUUCCUUGGCCCAGCAUCACAACUCCCACGGCAAUGGAAACAACCCAAUGAAGUGUUCCAUUUGUGAGAAAACGUACCGUCCCGGAUCUGGAAACGUCACUCCCACCUCAUCGGCGGCCAAUCCUCAGCAGCCCUCCACCGGAGAGACUUCUGGUGGUGGUGCGGCAAUCAGUGCCUCAUCCCCACCUACUUUUGAGGCCUCUGCGCCAGAUAGGCCGUACAAGUGCUCUGUGUGCCAUAAGUCCUUCCGGCAUUUGUCCGAGCUGACUCGCCACGAAAGGGUACACACAGGUGAGAAGCCGUACAAAUGUGACACGUGCGAUAAAAGCUUCAGCCAGUCUUCACAUUUGGCUCACCACCAGCGCACACACAGCUCUGAGCGGCCAUAUAAGUGCGCUGUGUGCGAGAAGAGCUUCAAGCACCGUUCUCACCUGGUGCGCCACAUGUACGCCCAUUCAGGCGAGCACCUUUUCAAGUGCAACUUGUGCGAAAUGCACUUUAAGGAGUCAUCGGAGCUCCUGCACCAUCAAUGCCAGCCAGAAGGAGAAAGGCCUUUCCGAUGCGGCUCAUGCGGAAAGAGCUUCAAGCGUCCGUCGGACCUGCGGCAGCACGAACGCACUCAUUCCGAGGAGCGACCGUUCCAGUGCGAGGAGUGCCAGAUGAGCUUCAAGCAGCAGUACGCUCUCGUACGCCACCGUCGCACUCAUAAGAAUCCGGCCGAGCGCCCUUUUAAGUGUAAUCUCUGUGACAAGGGCUUUCUUCAGCCAUCCCACUUGCUCUACCAUCAGCAGGUGCACGGCAUGGAAAGCUUGUUUAAGUGUGCAUCUUGCCAGAAGUCUUUUAGCCAAUCCGGAGAACUGCUGAGGCACAAAUGUGGAGGUGAAGUAGAGAAGCCCUACAAGUGUGACGUGUGCGGCAAAGGUUACAAAAAGAACUCCACUCUGCAGCGCCACCAAAACACUCACUGCACAGAGAAGCCGCUGAAAUGCUCUCUGUGUGACAAGCGCUUUGUGUCCUCCUCAGAGUUUGUCCAGCACCGCUGUGACCCGACCCGCGAGAAACCCCUGAAAUGUCCCGACUGUGAGAAACGCUUCAGGUACUCCUCUGAGCUGCAGCGCCACCGCCGCGUCCACACCGGGGAGAAACCUUUCAAGUGCGCCAGCUGCGACAAGAGCUUCAAGCAACGCGAGCACUUGGCCAAGCAUCAGAGCGUGCACUCACGGGAGACGCAGUUUAAAUGCGUGUGGUGCGGCGAGCGUUUUGUUGACCUCGCAGCUCUGCAGGAACACACGGUCCAGCACACCGCCGAAGGUGAAAGUUUCCCGGAAGCGCCCUGUAUCCCAUGACCGCCGCGAUUCUCCCGCCUUGGACAGCAAACGGAGCGACUGGUCACAGCCUCCACAUUCGCCUUGGUUGCUUUGAACGCGCGCCCAUUAAAGACGAUUCCUCAUUUGUAGUACAGCAUCCCUUGUGUUCAGACUCAAUUAUCCUUCCUUGAGUAAAAGGCGAAACUCAGAAUCAGGAAUUCAUCAGUUAGAGUGAAGGUAAGGAGCAAAAAAAAAAAAAAAAGGGUUGGUAUAAAAGGUGGAGAGAGCUCGCUUUGAUCGGUAGUGUGUGUAUGUGUGUGUGUGUGUGUGAGAGAGAGAGAGACAGACAUUUUCUUUUUGGUGUUGCAUGUGAUGUGAUUGCAUCUGUUUUUUAAUUGUUUACUCUGUUGCGGCUCGCAAGACAGCUGUCAUAUGUGUUGUAUGAUGUAUUCUGUAUUCUGCUCCUGAUAUGUCAUUGUGCCUUUUUUAUUUACAUAUCUUGUUUUAUUGAGUUUGAUGUCCAGUAAAAGCCGACUCCCUCCCAUCCACGCACAGCGUCUGCCCUGUGCAGCGGUGUAUGUUGUUCACAUACUAGACCUUAGAUAGUGUCGUCUGUGCAUGAAUAUUUAUCACACUUAAUAUCACAAUUGUAUUAUAGCUUUGUUUUAUUUAGCAAAACACAAGUGGGGUGGGGGGGGGGAAGAAGUGGAUUUGUGUAAAAUGUAUAGCCUAUGUCCUAUAAAACGUGUCGUUGCAUCUUUGUAUGAAAACAAAUGACAUUUGGAAACUAACGCAUACCUAUCAUGUCAUGAGAACACUUGAGAUGUGCAAUAGAAAUGCACAGUGUAAUAUUUAUAACUACUGAUUCUUUGCAUAGUCUACCCUGUUAUUAUAGAUUGUGGUUAUGCGCUCAUGUAAACAUUGAAAAUGUGUAGUGAUUUUGUUACUUUUUAUUUUUACUAUUGAGGAGCUUGCUGAUAUUUUGCAAGGACUUAAGUUUCCGUUUGGAUUACGACAUUUACUCUGAUAAAAGUAUCAUAUUGUUCACUUGUAAGAAAUUAGCACAUUACUGUGUGGUAGAUGAAAAUUAAGUCAUGGGGCUUAUGAAAUCCUCCCAGGAUUCCUCAUCUAUACUUGAGUACUUGACUCCACACAGCCUCAAGCUGCAACAUAUGUGUGUUCUGAGGAUAAAAGUGGGAAAGUGUAAGAGUUAGUUUACAGUGUGACAUUUCUCUUCCAAGUCAAACUUUUUGCAGUAUAUUUACAGAAUGAUUUGAUGAAUUGCGCUGUCAUGGAUAAAGGGACUGACUGGCAGAGGGUGAUCACACUUGAAUUUGGCUUGAACUCCAAAAAAAUAUCGUUUAGACUCCUGUUCAUACUGUACACAGACAAGAAAAAUAAACCACAUUGAGGAAUA